AUGCUCCAGCCCAUGGGGACGCUGAGGGCAAAAGGGCGCGUCCGCGUUUCUUCCAUAAGAACGCAAACGUCCAGCCAUGAGGUGAACGGAAGACCAGCCAGCGAAGAUGAAGGAACUGGUAACGCGUCUGUCUCUUCUUCCCACAGGAGAGGCAACCGCAGUUCAAAAGGCCUCAAGCGGAGAAAUACCCGCAGUCGGGCGUCUUUAGCAGCCAGCAGGCCUCUACGCUGGAAGUCCGGGUUUCUCAGUCCGUCUAAUGACGUCAAGUCUCUUUUGGUCCGUUGUCCACGGGAUCCUCUUUUUCUGAAUUCCUCGUUUGCGUCCUACAAUCUAGCGCGUGACAAAUAUGCAUGCAGAUUCGCCUGUAUCGCUCACCUCUUCCUUUUGCUUUGUCUUUUCUUCCCGUUAAGUCUCCAUAAUAGUGAAUGCCGCACUCCGUUGCUCAAACCGGCGCAUGCCACAAGCCUGUCGGUGGAGGACCCGCAGGAAGGCCUGCAUGCGGAAUCUUCUCCUGAUUGCUCUUUAUUUGGAACGACCUCUGGCGCUGAGGCCGCUUCGUCGUGCCUCCUCACAUACUCGUUUGACACCCCAGAUCCUCUUCACUUGCUCCGCACUACGCCGAAAGAGAUCGAUUCCCCGCUCGACACACAUGUGCCGUCAGUUAGCUCUCAUGCCCCUGUUUGGGUAUCCGUCUCAGCACGACGACGCCUGAGCUUGCAGGACAGUUCGAGCCCUAUUGCCUCUGGAUUUCCCGCCGCCGCGCUGCUGCGUGGAAACACAACUGAGGCAGAUCUGUCUGCCACGGAAAAAGGCUAUGAUCCACACUAUCCUCAUCCAGACUUGCCUUCGCUGCAGGAAGGGCCGGACGCCGACCAGUGGCGGCCCAGCCCUAGACUGCUGAGCGACGCAGAGAUCUUUGACUUUGCAGUUCGACGUCUCCAGGGCUUCGGGAGUCUUUUUGGCGGCUCUGGAGCGGGCGGCUCGGCGGACCGCGGGGUGAAAAAGAGGGGAGGCGGCGGAUUCGGAGGCCUCGACUACAAUGACGGAGAGGACCUCUUGAACGCCUCUCCGACCCCUGGCGGCAACGCCGGCGCAGGCGGCAGCUCCGGGGGACGCAAGGUCCUCAUGAGCAAUGGACUCGUCUGCGAAGACGAUGCGCGCGUGGAAGACUUCGGCGCAAAAUGCAAAUUGAUCGCACGCUCCUUGGGAGGACGGCUGGGAUGUGAAAAGAAACUCUCCGAAAUCGCGCCUGAUGGACAGCUCCCUCCCACAAUCCCGGCUUUCUCCCGAGUUGCAGACGCUUGCCCCCUCACGUGCGGCCUAUGCGAAGAAUGCGCCCCCGGAUGUGCGCUGUGGUUCCUGGGAAACACUCUGUGCGAUGAAGCCUGCAACAACGCGCUUUGCCAAUUCGAUGGUGGGGACUGUUGGAGCGCGGACUGCGUCGUCAGCGACUGGGGCGACUGGUCAAGCUGCAGCGUCAGCUGUGGAGGACCUGGCACAGAGAAACGCACCAGAGAAAUAAAGAGCAAACCUAAGCAAGGCGGCUCGCCUUGCCCCAAGCUCGAAGAAACGCGCGACGGCUGCAACGCCAACGUCAAAUGCCCAGAGAACUGCGUUGUCAGCGACUGGGGAGAGUGGGGAGACUGUUCAACGACCUGCGGCGAGGGUCAAAGCAGGCGACACAGGGAAAUCCUCAAACAUCCCGACACGAAUGGCCAGAAGUGCCCCGAAAUUGAACAGGCUCGCGUGUGCAUGAAGGACUCCUGCACGACGGCCUGCGUCGUCUCGGAGUGGAGCGAGUGGGGCCCUUGCGGAGCCUCGUGUGGAGGAGGCGAGCGCACAAGAAAACGCAGCAUCAUCUCGCCGCCGGUCAACGGAGGUGCCCUCUGCCCUUCUCUCACGGAAGACGAGGUUUGCAACGACUUCUCCUGCGACGGGGGCUGCGUGGUGGGGCCGUGGAGCGACUGGAGCGCCUGCACAGCUCCUUGCGGCGGCGGGACGAAGAAACGAACGCGCGAAGUUCGCAAAAAGGAAGACGCGGCGGACUGUCCGCCGCGCCGCCAAGAGGCGGUCUGCAACCAACAUACCUGUGCCAUCGACUGCGCGGUGAGCGACUGGACUGCGUGGAGCGCAUGCAGCGUGACCUGCGGAGAAGGGCGAGAAAGCCGCACACGCCAAGUGACGGCCAGCGCUCAGGGCUUGGGCUCUGCCUGUCCUGCGCUCUCGCAAGAUCGAGUUUGCUUCGCCGGAUUGUGCUCCACCGAGUGCGUGGUGUCUGACUGGGGCGACUGGGGCGAAUGCACAGCGACGUGCGGCUUCGGCACCCGACAGCGAGAGAGAGGCAUCAUGACACUCCCCACCCGGGCAGGCGGCGCAGGAUGCCCCGAGCUGCAGGAGAGCGAAGAGUGCUUCUCUAAGUGCCCGGUUUCUUGCGUUGUCGGCGAAUGGGAGGAGUGGGGCGAGUGCGCAGACCUAUGCCACCAAGUGGGCGUUGUCGAGCCCAUUACCACGCGAAGCCGCGCAGUCCUCUUGGAGGCUCCCGACUGCCCCUUUUCCCCCGCGUUGAUUCAGAGCCAGUCGUGCGCGGCCCUUGGCUUCCAGUGCGACGUGGACUGCGAAGUCAGCGAGUGGGGGGCGUGGAGCCCUUGCAGCGCGACGUGCGGCGGCGGCCAGCGGCAGCGUCGGCGCGCCCUGCUGCGCUCGCCGAAGGGAAAUGGGAAGCCCUGCCCCGCCCUCGUCGACUUGAAUGCAUGCGCGCUGGAGUCGUGCGAUGUUGUCGAGGGGCAGAUGAUCGCGGCCUGCGUCUACGGCGAGUGGAGCCCGUUUAGCGACUGCGACGCGACCUGCGGCGUGGGGCGCCAGCGCAGCUCGCGUGCGAUCCUCGCGUUUCCUUCCUCGCCCUUCGACCCCGACGGCAACAUUCUGCUCGACAGCACCAUGUGCACAGAGACAGACAGAUUCCAGCCCUGCCAGGGGCCCCCCUGCCCGGUUGACUGCCAAGUGACGGCGUGGGGCGCCUGGUCGAGCUGCUCAGUCACCUGCGGCGGAGGGCAGCAGGACCGCCUGCGCUCAAUCGUUAGGCCCGCGGCCAAUGGCGGAAAAGAGUGCCCCGUCCUAAGACAGGUGCACACCUGCGCCACAUAUCCCUGCCCGACUGACUGCCUGCUGUCGGAUUGGACUGAAUGGAGCGCCUGCAGCGCGGCCUGCGGCAUCGGCGGGCAGACGCGCACGCGCCGCAUCGUGACGCCUGCGUCUGUGGAUCCCCCUGGCGCGGCUUGCGGGCCUCUGGCUGAGGAGAAAAAAUGCUUUUCUCCGCGAGGCCCGUGCAGAGAGGAGUGCGCGCUGUCGGAAUGGAGCGCCUGGACGCCAUGCUCGCUGUCCUGCGGCACCGGCGGUGUGCGGACGAGUUCGCGCGAGAUUCUCAGCCCCGGAGGCAUUGGCGGAGGCCGCAGCUGCGCGGGCGAGAGUCUGCUCAAGGAGGAAGCGUGCAACGAAGACGUCCCCUGUGUGGGUGACUGCGAAGUCGGCGAGUGGGGCGAAUGGACCGGCUGCUCAGUCUCCUGCAGCGAGAGACUGACGCAGGAGGAAGAAGCGCGGCUGCAAGGCAGCCGGCAAAGACUACUUGAGGCGACGGCGAAAAGCCGGCUUCGAGACAAGGAAGACCGGGGCGAAGGCGCGGCCGCAGCUCGAGGCGGACGCCGCUUGGCGACUGCGUACGCGGAGGCGGAGGCGGGUCACAAGGAAGAAGGCGAGCACGAGACAGAAACUUGGGGCAACGAGGAGGGUCUGGUGGCCUUCGCGUCGCUUCCGAGCGGCGGCAAGAGAAUGCGGAGCCGCGCGAUUCUGAAGCCCGCGAAAAACGGAGGAAACGCGUGCCCGGUAACCGAGGAAAUCGACGAGGCAUGCAACGCAGACAUUCCCUGCCCCGUCGAGUGUACGUACACCCCGUGGACUGACUGGACCUCCUGCAGCGUCACGUGCGGCGUGGGCAAACAAGUCCGAACCCGAGAAAUCAAGACAGAGGCGCGCUUCGGCGGACAACCCUGCGAAAACCUGGAAGACUCCAUCGACUGCAUGGCUGAGGUUCUGUGCGUUGACGACUGCGAAGUGACAGACUGGGGCGAGUGGAGCAGCUGCUCAGCGACGUGCGGAGGCGGCGUGCGGAAGCGAGGCAGGCAGGUGCUGAAGCCCCCGUCGAACGGCGGGCGGCCGUGCCCGCCGCUGACGGACUUUGACGCGUGCGGACUUGCAAGUUGCCACGGAACGGACUGCGAAGUCUCUGAGUGGGGAGCGUGGUCGUCUUGCUCCAAGCCUUGCGGCGGCGGCGUCCACGUGCGCACGCGCGGCGUCUUGACGGAGAAGCGCGGAAACGGCCGCGAGUGCCCCUCGCCGCUCUUUGAGCGCGAGGGCUGCAACCUCUUCAGGUGUAUGGACAGCGUGUGCGAGGACAACCCGGACGUACCCAUCAUGACGGGGGGCGUGGAGUGUCGCGUGCUGCUGGCGAUGGGCUGCGACCGGCUGUUGAAGGACUUGGCGGAGGAGAACGACCGCGAGUUCCCCACGCACAUUCCCCCGGAAACGCGCGUGAAGGACGCCUGCCCCAUGACCUGCGGCACCUGCGCCGAGUGCGCGCCCGGCUGCCAACUUCGCGACCUCGGCAACCGCCACUGCGACGAGGCCUGCAACAACUCAGCGUGCCAGAUGGACCUCGGCGACUGCGGCGGCGACUGCGAGCUCAUCAAGUCCAAAAAGGCGAGUUUUUUUGCGGCGCGAGGCGUCUCCAUCGAGCCCCCAACCUCCACACUUUUCAAGGGACAGACCGCGCUUCUCAGCUGCAAGGAUGCCGGCAUGCGCUUCUCCGGUUUCCCCGCCCUGCGGCAGCUCGCUGUGACGUGCCGAGGACGCGACGACCUGGAGGUGCUGCCCCGGGGCCUGCAGCUUCAGACGCACGAGGCGACCGGGGGGCAGGCGCCCCGCGCGAAGCCGCAGCGCGAGCCUGAGGAGGCGCAGGACCUGCCGCUGCCUGCGUGCGUCUCCGACCAGUGCCCUUUCGUGUACAUCGAGGGAUUUGAGGGCGACGAGGACGGCGACGCGGAGGGCGGAAGGAGGGAAGCGGAAGAAAAGAAGGAGACCGCGAAGAAUGCCCCUUCGCCGACUCAGCUGAACGGGUUCUACUACAGAGGCGAUGCGCAGCGGGGGUACCCGCGAUACGUGCAGGACAAAUACUCGAAACCCAAGUACUUCCUGUGGCUGCACGCUGCGGAACCUCACCCCUUCUCAGCGCCAGAGGCGAGGGCCGGUCCCAGCUCGUCUCCUCUCUCCUUCGUGUGGAGACUCACCGCGACCGACCCCCUCGAGGCCACAGCGGAGGGCGUCUUCGCCGACGCGCCGCGAGAAGUCGAGCCGCGGGAACCGCAUGCAGAGACCCUUGCGCUGUCUGCGGCCGGUGUGGUGACGCGCUGCAAGGCCCCCCCCGUGGGCGAAGACGGGCCGCUCGACUGCAUCGAUUUCUGGACUGUCGGCGAAGUCAGAGGCGACGGAAGCUCUGCGAGGGCAGAGAAACAAGUUCCCGCCUCAUCGAUCAAGCUGCGCUGUCUCUCUUCUGAAGCCGAGAAGGAGGAGCUGGAGGCGUCGCUGCAGCGGCAGGCCGCCCUCGCCUCUUCGGGGCUCUCGAGCGAGGCGAGCGAAGCGUUCGCCGGGCCGCCGGUGACGGUGGUCGCGGGCACGCGGAUGACGUGCGAGGACCAACCAGACGUGGAGCGCGUCUCGCAGAAAACCUGCGCGGAGCUGAAGAAGCUGCUGAAGUGCGAUUUUGUGCUGGAGGAGGCGGGCGUCGACGAGCUCCCGGACUUCCUCCCCGCCGACGCCACUCUCGCGCUCGCCUGCCCGCAGACCUGCGGCCUCUGCAGAGAGUGCGCCUUCCGCUGUCCGCUCUGGUUCCUGGGGAACCGACACUGCGACGAGGCCUGCAACAAUGAAGCCUGCGAGUUUGACCGCGGCGACUGCGACCCAGGGAGCGCCGAGAGCGAGGCGAGCGAGACGCGAGACUCCGCGGCGACGCUUGACGCGCAGGGCUACCGCAGCCGCAGCGCAGAGAAGGGUCUCCUCCCCGCGGGCGGCGCGGGCGCGGGGGGGCGGCGGCCGCGGCGCCUGAGGCCUGCGUGGACGACGCCGCCCGACGCGCAACUCCCGCCAGGGAUCCCAAAGACCACGCGCGUCAAAGACGCCUGCCCAAAGUCCUGCGACGCGUGCAUGGACGACGAUCUGUUGAGGCGGCCGUCGGCAUCCGCCACGCGCAUGGGGACGGCUCCCGAAGCGCGAGGCAAGGGCAGCAGUGCCGCGGCGUCCUGCGAAGACGACCCUGCCGUCAGGGAGAUGGGCUACACGUGCAAGUUGCUUUUGGCCGUCGCCCAGGAGGACGGCAGGGGCGGCUGCAACGCGCGCCUUCUCGAUCUGGACCCGAAGAAGCAGGAGCUGCCGCCAGCCAUCCCCAAAAUCACCCGCGUCAAAGACGCUUGCCCAAAAACCUGCAAUGCAUGCGACGAUCCAGAUCGCCUCGUUCGACCGAGUGCCUCCCCUGCGGCGACGUGCGAAGACGACCCCCUGGUGAAGUCGAUGGGCUACACAUGCAAGUUGCUGGUGCGCGCGGCGGAGGAAUACGAGGGAUGCAACACGCGACUCGUCGCGCUGAAGCCAGACCAAGUUCUGCCUCCAGGCGUUCCUGAGCAAACGCGCGUUAAAGACGCCUGCUCCAAAACCUGCAACGCGUGCGACGAUCCCGACCGGCUAGUGCGGCCGAACGUCGAGGACCCGGCGACGGCGUGCGUCGACCAUCCGCUGGCUGAGUCGCUGGGCUACACAUGCAAGCUGCUGCUCUCAGUCGCCGCCACGGAGGACUUGGGCGGCUGCGAGGCACAACUCCGCGCGCUGCAGCGCCCUGGCGAGAAGCUGCCUAAUGGCCUGCCAGACGACGCGCGCGUCAAAGACGCCUGCCCGCGAACAUGCAGAGCUUGCGACGAUCCCUCUCUCCUCGUGGCUGUCGAGAAGGAGAAGAAAGAGGAUCAGCCCUGUCUCGGGGACUGCUGCGACGUCCCCAUGCUGGAGCAGCAGACAGGGUAUACUUGCAAGCAGAUCAAGGCGUUUGUGGGCGACGACUGCUCCGUUUUUUUGAAGGAUUUAAGCAGCGCGCCGCUGCCGCCACAGGUACCGCCGGCGGCGACGCUGGAGGACGCGUGCCCGUUUACGUGUGGGGCGUGUUCGACGCAUCAGUGCAACGACAACCCGUUAGUGGAGGCCAUGGGAUACACCUGCGGGAUGAUCAUUUCCGCGGCGGAGGGCCGCGGCGGCUGCGACGCGCUGCUGCGUGACCUCGCACCGCCGGACGCAGCGCCCUUCCCGCCGCCGGAGAUUCCCCCGAACACGCGCGUCAAGGACGCCUGCAUGCGGUCCUGUCACGCCUGUCCUGCGAGCCGCGAUACCGAUCAGGCGGCGGCGUGCCACGACGACCCGCGGCUGCCACAGAUGGGCUACAGCUGCGAGGCGAUUCUGCCCUACGCCUCGCGCGGGUGCGCGACGAUUCUGCGCGACCUGCUGCCCUCUACGGCGCUCUACGCGGACGGCGUCGAUCCCUCGGAGUCGCUGGCGACCUACUGCCGCCUCUCGUGCGGGAUCUGCGUGGUGAAGAGCAAGAGUCGGCACGCAGGCAGCAAAAACACCAAGCCUGGGUGCCGCAACAACCCGCUGGUUGAGGCUCACGGCUUCUCCUGCUCGCUGCUGGUAAAGGCCUCCUCGCUCGGCUGCAACGCGAAGCUGAAGGACUUGUCGGAUGCGCCGCUGCCGCCCGGCAUCCCGUCCCAGACGAAGGUGAAGGACGCCUGCCUGCUCGAGUGCGGCGGCUGCAUCGAGGUCCCCACGUGCUACGACGGAUUCCAAAACGGCGACGAAGAAGGCGUCGACUGCGGAGGACCUUGUCGCCCCUGCCAGCCCUGCUCGCCGUCGCUCUUCAAGGAACUCGGCGACGCCUACGUAAUCACCGACGGCCGCGGCACGCAGCACGGGGCUCUCCGAGAGCUGCGCUGCGCAGAGGGUCACGACCGCAUCGGCGGAAAAGAACCCGAAGUCCUCGUGUGCCAGGACGGCCUCUUUCCCGCGCCCACGCUCAAGUGCGACGUCCGCAAGGUGGAAGUGCAGUACGGAACUCUCACCAUCGACGGCGCCGGGGAUCUGGGCCCCGAAGCCGUUCCUUCGCUGUACUUUGCCCUGCUGCAUGCGCUUCACCUGACGACCCCUUACGAGCUGCGCCUCCUGGCGGCGGGCACCGAGCGUCGAAGCCGCGAGGCCCUCAUGGGCGCCGACGACGCCUGUCGAGACGACCCCCGCGUCGAGCAAAUGGGCUACGCCUGCUCCCUCCUCUCUUCCUUCUGCGAAGCUGAGCUGCACGCGCUCGCCGAAAGCCAAGGCAAGCAGCUGCCGCCGUGGCUGCCCAAAGGCGCCCGCGUGAAGGACGCCUGCUCCGCCACCUGUGGAGCCUGCGGUCGCCGCCGUCGCCUGGCCUCUCUAUCGGCCUCUUCACCGCGCAAGCUCGCGGCCUCGUCGCUGCGGCCUCUUCUGCUGGACUACGGCGUCGUCUGGACGACUCCGAACUUGCCCUUCUCCUCGCGCUUCACCGAGGAGACCCCCGCGCUGUUCCUGAACAGCCUUUACUCGCAAUUCCUGGAUCGGAAUUUGGCGCUCGUCAACCGGCAAGACGGCACUCUGCAGUCUGCGGCUGCAGCCCUGCGGCAGCGGCCCUUCCUCGUCGCCUUCGAGGCUCCCACGCCCCUUCGCUUGUCGCUCAAGUUCUGGAACAAGGGCUUCGGGGCCUUCUCGCCGCCCGAAGUCGCUCGCGGCCUCUUUGCGGUCGCCGGCCUGCCCCUGCCGACCGCGCAGGACAUCCGGUUUGGGCUCCAUGUGGGGCUGCGCGAGGCCAAGAGCAAGACGCGCACGCCGAAAGCCAAAAGUCGCCCUGGGCUCAUUGGGGAAGUCGUCAGAGUCAGUCCGCAUGCAGAGGUUCAGUACGCCCUGACGAAUGAGAAGAAAACGCUCAUUCCUCUGCAUCCCGGCCUCGGGCAGCUGGUCGGCGCCUGCGAAAGCCUUGAGGCGCAAAGAGACCCCGACAACUGCUGCGGAUUCCACACCGAAAUGCAAGCUUUGCUGGACGGGCCCUGCGGCGUGCAUCUCUACACGCAGCGGCUGUCGCCGGACUCUGUGCAGGCCUUUUGCUCGGGGCGGGUCGCCGACCGGCGGUGUCUCUCUUCGUUUCUGCUGCUUCUCGACUUUUACCGCCGACGUCCAGGCGUCGGCUGCGGAGUGUACCUGACGCUGGCUGAGCGCGUUUUCGACGCGUGGUGCGCGCGCGACGCCGCCGACGGCCGUUUCUGCUUCGCGGAGAUCGAGAAGACGCUGGAGAGCCUCGAGGACGGACCCGGCUACUUGGCCACCAAGCCGUCUGACGAGCUGAACAAAACGUGCCAAGGCGACGGCUGCUACAUGCGAAACAUCCGCUACCUUGACGCAAUCACACAGCUGCAGGUCGCGUGGAAACUCCUCGGCGGCGGCGUCCUCCAACCGACCAAGGGCGGCGGGGCGGGAGACCGCAGCGCGGCCAUGCGGCAGCGAGACAGACGGGAGGAGUCUUAUCCGCAAGAAGAAGACCAGGCAGAGGCGGAGCGGCUGGAGGGGGCGCAGGCGACUGGGGCGUCGCGGUCGAGCCCCAGCGGAGCCAGCAGCAGCUUGCGGCGGCUGCAGAGGCCGGGUGAAGAGACAGGCGACGCGGCAGACGAAGUGGCCAAAGGCUCCACGGGGGAGCAACCGAGCGACCGAGAAGGCACAGCGGAAGAAGAACAAGAAAAAGAAGCGGAGGCGAGCGCGGCGCGCACCACGGAGAACAUGAAGGGCAACAGCAGCCUGAGAAGGCAAGAGGGUCAGCCACCCGAAAAAGAAGAUGACGCGCGACGCGGAGAAAAGGGUUCCGCGGAGGACAGGGGCGAGAAGGCGCGGGAAGGAAGUGGGCGCGCGGGCGCCGCACGAUUGAUUCCGAAGGGACGCAAAGACGAGAAACCUUUCCCCUCUCUGAGGUCGUCUGUCGCACGGCGGCUGGCCCCAUCUGUCUCGCCUUUCUCGUCGCCUCCCUCUUCUUCGAUGUCGACUUCUGCGGCUUCCGCCUCUGCCGCCUCGCCUGCCUCUUCGUGGGCGAGAACUCUCGAGGCUCAUGCAACGCGUAGAGACCGAGCCUAUCAUGCAAUCGCCCGUCGCCUGCACCAGAGUGUCGCGACCGCCGCGGAGGUCCUCGGCAUCCCCCUCGACGGCCCGUUUGUCUCUUCUUCGCCUUCCUCGCCUUCUGUCUCUGGAGCGUCCUCUGCCUUUCACUCCGCGCGCAGCGAAGGCGCGGGCCCCGAAAGCGACUACCGCUCUCCCGUCGAGUCUCCUCUUGCCCCUGCCUCCGCCUUCUCGAGUGUCUCCUUUAUUUCGUCUUUUUCAGCGCCUUCCACGUCGCCUCGCGCGCUGUCUGCGCCCUUCCCGGCGUCUCCGCUGCAUGCGGCUGUUGCCGCGCCGGUUCCGUCUCCGCCGCGGCGCCUGAAGGGGCUGGAGCCUCGGCUGGCAACGCGCUUCGAGGGUCCGCUGGGGGAGAGCCUGGAGGAGAUGGUCUCUCUGAUGUGCACAAAGGUCGACGGCGACUUUUGUCAGCAGACGCUGGUGCUGCUGGCGGAGGAAAGCCCCGUGAAGAAUCCCGCACUCGUCAUUCAGCCCUGCUCGAGUCGCUGCUUCGUGCCCAUCACUGGCCUGCUCGGCAGCCUCGUCGAGAGCUACGGCGAGCGCUACCGCGACCCCUUCCACCGCGCCCUGGGCAAGAUCAUGCGCGCGUACGGGCGCUUCUACUGCACCGCCAACGAGGCUGGUCAAAUCUGCGGCGAAAUCCUCUUCAACAAACUCAAAACCGUCGAAGUGCCCGCGUUCACGCCGCAGGGACUUGACGUGAAUCUCACGCAGUGCGCCUGCCCGCAGAGCUUCGUCCAGGACGGGCAGUGCGAUCGCUCCUGCUUCAACGAGGCGUGCGGGUGGGACGGUCAGGACUGUUUUGUGCGUCGCAUGUUUCCGGAGGUCUACGAGGCGCUGCUUUCGCUGGUGUCGCCGCAGUGUUCAGCUUUCUCUGCUUCGUUUGAGUGCACCUCGCGGUGCAGGAAGCAGUACGAACACCUGCUGCUGUCGCAGGACAAGAACUGCUGCAUGGCUGCGGGCUUCGAGUUGCUCUCCUCGCUGCUCGCGGUCGAGACCGCGCACCCGCUGUUUGAGGAGGAAGAGCGCUGGGCGCCGGCGCGCUCGCUUGCCCACCUCGAGCAGCUCUGCGGCCUCUCACUCGACAGAACCUGCUCCCUGGGGCGGCCGCGGCAGCAGGUGCUGCUGGUCACCUUGCUGGCGGGAGGGCUGCAGGCGGAGGUGCUCCUCGCCGACGCCGCCAAGCUGCGCGAAAUAGAAGAAAUCCUCAGAAAAUCCAUCGCGCAAAAACUCGCUCUCGUCGACCAAGACGUCACGCGAACUGUCGCCAGACACGCACCCGGCGGAAUCGAAGUCCAGACCUUUCUCGACGCCGGCAUCUACACCGACCGGACGCUUCUCGCCAUCCAAAACCAAAGCACGCUCCGCCAGAUCGACGAGGCGAUUCUGCGGCGGCUGGGCGGCCUCGUGUUGGAGCCCUACCGCGACCUGGAGCAGAAGGCGCCGCUGACGGUGCAGACGUCUCGGCUGCCUGCGACCCGGACGAUUCAGACGCCGGCGGUAUCCUCGGCCGCCGCGCCUGCGCUGCCUUUCGCGGGCACCUGGGGCGUCAACGACCUGCCGGUCGACCUCCCGCGGGAGAGUUGCUCAGUCGCAGACCUCCACCGCUUCCUGCUACCUGGCUACGCGCUCGCCCUCGGCUCCGCCGCGGCCUUCGCCUCGCCUGCGGCUGCGCGCGGGAGCGAGGCGAGUCCCAACGACGCGCCGCAGACAGGCGCGCGCAGCCGCGCGGCGACCGACGGAGGCGCAGCCGCGAGCAAGCGAGCGCACAGGGCUGCGCCUGAGCCGCGCUUCCCGUUCGCGGCCUCUGCGGCGAGCGACAGCCGGCGGGGCGAGCCGGACGCCGCGGCGUCUAGGCGCGGACAGUCUCCGCGGGACCCCGCCUCCCCGCCCGCGGGUGCCGCGCCCGCGGCUGCUGCCUCGCCCGCAGCUGGGCGGCGCCUGCAGGCCGCGGCGCUGGAGCGCUUUCCGCAGGGGCUCGAAGAGGGCGUCGCACCGUCCGCGUUGGCAUUGGCGCCGCGCAGUGGGCAGCGCGCGUGGUAUGCGCACGGGGAAGGCGAGGCGGUCCGGUGCGCGCCGCCGUAUGCGCCAAUCCGUGGCUCCGCCAUCGACCGUGUCGUGUGCGACAACGGCUCCUGGACGCUCGAAAACCUUCUCGUGUGCAAACGCGACUGCCCGCGCGCCUCGCAGUACUUCUCGGCUGCCUCAAGCGGGCCCCUCCACGACCCGAGUCCCCCCGCCGCCGCCCCCGCCGCGGCCCCCGCUUCGGGCUCGACGUCGCCGUAUCGGGUGGCGGAGGACGCGGAGACCCACGGCAGCGUCGUGGAGGUGUUUUGCGCGGACGGGUUUUCGCCGGCGGACUUCCAGGUGUCUCCGUCACGGUUCGAGUGCGUCGAUAGCCGCUGGGUGGGGCGGACGCUGCACUGUGCGCCGCUUUGCCCUGCGUUCCCCGACCUCGGCGCGGCGUACACAGUGCAAGGGGAAGGCCGCGCGCACGGCGACCGGCGCGUGGUGGCCUGCGCGCGGGGCUUCUACCCACAGCACCGCUCCUUCACGUCGAUCUGCGAGGCAAGUCGCUGGACGCCACCGCUGUUUGAGUGCACGGAGGCGACGCCGCCCGACAUGAACGAAGGCGCGACGGGGCUGCAGAAGAUCCAGCUGCAAAUGUUUUCCAGCGAGGGCGUCCUCGGCCUCGUCAUCUUCUCCGUUCUCGUCACGCUUGCCGCGCUCGCCGUCUUCAUCGCCUGGCGCCUCUACUACCGCAAGAAAGCCCGACAGAAUUUCAUUGCGCGCGAAGAAACAGUGCAGGCGCUCAAGGUUUCCUCCCUGGGCCUCGGCGCGCCGGCGCGCAACGCGGCCGAGGGCUGCGACCAGCCAGACAUCCUCGCAGCACACGGUCACGUCUCCUUCUCCGCCGCCUCCUUCUUCUCCAGCUACGCAGUCGCGCGCCCGCCCGGCGCCGUAGGCUCCUACAGCGCCUCCUCACUCUCGGGGUCGCUCAACGAAGUCAGGCGCCGCGCCGAAGACGAUCCGACCUGGCAGGGCCGAAGCGAAGGCGAGACGGCGCGCCGUGGCCUCGUCCCGGGGUACGCGGCGACACGGUCGGUCGGCUACCGGCGCUAUGAGAAAGGCGAAGGCGAGGAGAAGGGCAGCCAUCCGUCGCUGCUCUGCGCCCACAGUGCCCACCGGCGCCUCUCGCCGUCGCGCCCUGUCUCCUCGGCGUCGUCUUGCGCGUCGUCAGCCUCCUUCACCUCCUCUUCUCAGCCGUCGCUCGCCGUGGAAAGACGCGCGCAGUGCCCGCUCGUCACGGAGACGCCCACACCCUCUCCGCCGCCCAGCGUCGCUGCCGGCGGACUUCGCGCCUCCUCGCGGGCCUCAAGCAGCCUGCCGGCGAUUGUGGCGCAGGCGAUGCAGGGCGGAAGCGUCAGCAGCGCCGGAGCCGACGCCAGCACCUUCCUCCCCUCGUCGCACCUCCGCGAGCCCUCAGGGGAGGUAGAGAGAGAAAACGAAACCGACGCGCAGGGUUUCGCGAGGGAAUGGAGAGGCUGA